GGGCAUAGGGGUCCUCCUCAGAGCUGUCAUACAGCAUUAGCCAGUUUCACCCCGUGAACAUCCUGUGUGCCCAGCUCGUGCGGAGGACACGGACUCACGGGGACCAGGAAGGGUGGCCAGCCACAGACAGAAGAGAGCCUGGUCCUAGGGAGGGCAGAGGAAGCCUGGUUCUUAAUGAGAGUCACAGGCAGAGGGGGCCCUGGUUCUUAUGGGUACUUCUGGGCAGAGGGGAGUGUGGUGCCAGGAGGGGUCCCAGCAGAGGAAGCUGUACAGGUCUGGCAGCGACAUCAGGUGCGUGACCGGACCUCCUGCUAGCAGCAGCCCAGAGGCAGAGCGUGCGCGUCCUCGGCAGGCCCGGCCCACGGCCCCAAUGGAGGGUGCGAUGCAGCUGCUGAGCCGUGAGGGUCACACCGUGUCCCACAACUCCAAACGGCACUACCAUGACGCCUUCGUGGCCAUGAGCCGCAUGAGGCAGCGUGGCCUCCUGUGUGACAUCGUCCUUCACGUGGCGGCCAAGGAGAUCCGAGCUCACAAGGUGGUGCUAGCCUCCUGCAGCCCCUACUUCCACGCCAUGUUCACAAAUGAGAUGAGUGAGAGCCGCCAGACGCACGUGACACUGCAUGACAUUGACCCUCAGGCCUUGGACCAACUGGUGCAGUUUGCGUACACGGCCGAGAUCGUCGUGGGCGAAGGCAACGUGCAGACUCUGCUCCCAGCCGCCAGCCUCCUGCAGCUGAAUGGUGUCCGUGACGCCUGCUGCAAGUUCCUGCUGAGUCAGCUGGACCCCUCCAACUGUCUGGGCAUCCGGGGCUUUGCUGACACCCAUUCGUGUGGUGACCUGCUCAAGGCAGCACACAGGUAUGUGCUGCAGCACUUCGUGGACGUGGCCAAGACUGAAGAGUUCAUGCUGCUGCCACUGAAGCAGGCACCUUCAGGGCUCCAUGGGCCCCCAAGACCUUCCCCAGAUCUCAGGUCUGAGGGUCCCCACCCCCAGGUGCUGGAACUGGUCUCUAGCGACAGCCUGAACGUGCCUUCAGAGGAGGAUGUCUACCGUGCCGUCCUGAGCUGGGUCAAGCAUGACGUGGAUGCUCGGAGGCAGCAUGUCCCAAGGCUGAUGAAGUGUGUGCGCCUGCCCCUGCUGAGCCGGGACUUCCUGCUGGGCCACGUGGACGCUGAGAGCCUGGUGAGGCACCACCCUGACUGCAAGGACCUGCUCAUUGAGGCCCUCAAAUUCCACCUGCUGCCUGAGCAGAGAGGCGUCCUGGGCACCAGCCGUACACGGCCCAGGCGCUGUGAGGGCGCUGGCCCUGUGCUCUUUGCCGUGGGUGGUGGGAGCCUGUUCGCCAUCCAUGGGGACUGUGAAGCAUAUGACACACGUACUGACCGCUGGCACGUGGUGGCCUCCAUGUCCACACGCCGGGCCCGGGUGGGCGUGGCAGCAGUUGGGAACCGGCUGUAUGCCGUGGGUGGUUACGAUGGGACUUCAGACCUAGCCACCGUAGAGUCGUACGACCCUGUGACCAACACUUGGCAGCCUGAGGUGUCCAUGGGCACAAGGCGCAGCUGCCUGGGGGUGGCUGCCCUGCACGGGCUCCUGUAUGCAGCUGGCGGCUACGAUGGGGCCUCCUGCCUCAACAGUGCUGAGCGCUAUGACCCUCUGACGGGAACAUGGACGUCCAUCGCUGCCAUGAGCACCCGGAGGCGAUACGUGCGUGUGGCCAUGCUUGAUGGGAACUUGUAUGCCGUGGGCGGUUACGACAGCUCAUCGCACCUGGCAACUGUGGAGAAGUAUGAGCCUCAGGUGAACGCGUGGACCCCCGUGGCCUCCAUGUUGAGCCGACGGAGCUCAGCAGGGGUGGCCGUACUGGAGGGGGCCCUCUACGUGGCCGGCGGCAACGAUGGCACCAGCUGCCUCAACUCUGUGGAGAGAUACAGCCCCAAGGCGGGUGCCUGGGAGAGUGUAGCACCUAUGAACAUCCGAAGGAGCACCCACGACCUAGUGGCCAUGGACGGCUGGCUGUACGCGGUGGGGGGCAACGAUGGCAGCUCCAGCCUAAACUCCAUCGAGAAGUACAACCCGAGGACCAACAAGUGGGUGGCCGCGUCCUGCAUGUUCACGCGGCGCAGCAGCGUGGGCGCGGCGGUGCUGGAGCUGCUCAGCUUCCCGCCGCCCUCGUCACCCACGCUGUCCGUGUCGUCCACCAGCCUCUGAGGCGCGCGGGCUGCGCGCACACCGGCCUGCGGCCUCCCGGCCUCCCACAUGCCUUAAGCCCCGAGGGGCGGCCCCAGCGCCUCGUGUGUCGGGGGCGGGGUGCUCGACCCCCACCGGGAAAGUCCUGCCCUGUCUGUCCACGUCUCUCUGCGUCGAGGCUGUCCAUGUCUGUGUUCGUCCCUCAGUGUUUGUUUAUGAGUGUACCGUUUAUUUACUUAACGGUCUGUUUAUUUAUUCAUUAUUUAUUGAUCCAUGAGCAGCGCAGCACCUACCAGUUUACACGUUUCCCCUCAAAGUGUCCUGUGUCUCUGGGACCAAGCUGCCUUCCCCCGGGUCCUCCCGCCCCCCCUUUGGGCACCAGGGAGAGAUGGGUCAGGGGUGAACUCAGACUCUGCAGACCUGGAUGGACUGAGGAGCAGAUGCAGAGCAGCAGGCCAGGGUUAGUGGGGUGGGGGCUUUCAGAGCAAGUGCAGACCUUUCCAGCCUGGGCUUUGCACACCACCCCUACCUUGCCCAGCCAGGCACACUCCCAAGGAAGGCGUGAAGCAAGUGGGCUUCCUUCUCGUGGACAUGGUGUCUUUUCUGGAUCCUGCACUGAGCUGAGCACAAGUGUGCCACAGACCCCACACAGCAAUAUGAGCCAACUUGAACAAUAAACAUGUUUCCUGGGCUCUGUA